UGCCGACGAGCUAUUCUGCAAACCGCAAACACCAUGAGGGACCUUUAUUUCACAGACAGGAAAGGACAUAAUAGGCUUCUUAUCAGUAUCUACAUGACUUGAAAUGAGCUUCCUGUCCUCAGCAUUGCAUCGCUAUACACGUCUACUUGGUCAUACCUGCAUCUUUUAAUAAGAGAAUAAACAUGGAAACAUUCGAUUUAAUACUGCUGUUGUUAACUGGUGUGGCUUGCCAGAAUAUAAUCGUUUUUCAGCCUCCAACUGUAGAGGUAACAGAAGGUGAAAAAGCCCAUUUAAAGUGCACCUUUAAUUCUACUGCAGAGGACUCUGUUACGGGAUCAGCUAUCUGGAAAAAGGGCUGUGAGACUGCAAAAUCCCUAUUAGAACAUGACGACCAAAUGAAGGGGAGAUUGGAGAUGGCAAAUGCAAGAGAUUUCAAAACGAAGCAUGAUGCUUCGAUAUACAUCCAUAACGUGACGGAGAGAGACUCUGGUAUCUAUUACUGCGAACUGGACCUCGUGAGUGUUGGAAAGCUCAUUGGCAGCGGCACUUAUCUCAAUGUUAAACGACUGCCCUGCAAUUCUCAGGUUGCGCUUUGUGAAGAUCUAUGGAUUCUCAGCAUUGUUCGGAUUUCACUCACCUCUUUGCUGACGAUUGCCAUGAUUGUCUUCAUUUGUAUCUCCUGCCGCCUUUCUGUAAAGGACCAAUAGGUCUUCUUUAGAAGAUAACAACGCCAUAAGAAAUACUGAACAUUUUCAAAACUAGUGCUGAUUGUUCUUGCAUGUGUCUAAGGGGUGGUAAACGUUGCUUAUUAUGAGCCAUUCCACUCUAAUGUGUAUUUAAUGUGAUUGAUCAUUUAAUGGUCUAAUUAGAUUAACUGUUGUGGACAGGACUUACACAACUUGAACGCAUUAAUUCACAGAUUCUUACAAACACCACUUAAUGGUGUUCUUUUUAAAACACCUGCACAGUGUACGUGCGCGUUGAAGCAUAUUCUAAAACGUCAAUAGCAUACCGAAACCUACUCUGACCUUGCUAACUCAAGUAGAAAUUUAAAAGCAUCUGGAGACACAUUUUCUUGGGUUUUCAAAAGCUAUUCUUACAAUGGUUUCACAGUUAGGCAGAAGAGGCUUUUGGGAAACGCCUCCCUGCAUUAGAAUGGUUCAAUGGCUCUUUGCCACCCUCUUUUUGUAAUAAAAACCUUUGCAGCUAGUUUUGUAUUCCUCUCCUCACAUCAGCAGUGUUCAUUUCGCUCACAUCCCUCUUAAAGCAUUAUGACUCAGAGUCUUCAAGCCGCUGCAUCAUUGCAUGUAAUUUGGGGACAGUAGAAAAGCAGCUUUAAAUAAUUUGCUGUAAUGUUCAUGGCUAAGACUAACAAGGCAGAUUGCUGUCAUUUUUAUUGCAAUUUUGUUUUUUGAUACAUUUGCUAUUGCAUUA